AUGUACUACGCGACAUUGAUUUUCCAAUUUCUGACUCUUUUUCUUCUGAACACUGGAUUCAUUCUCCUUGGCGGAAGAGCACUUAAGGAUAUCAAUUUAGAGUUGGGUCAGUCUUCAUUGAGGCUUCAAUAUUUUAUUAUCAUUGCUGGAGUGGCCUGUUUCAUUUUCGCAUUUUUCAUUCCAACAAUGUCAGCUAUGAGGAUUUGGUUAGGAGCCUCUACCAUCGUCACUUCCCUUUACAUAGCUAUUCUUACUUUCACAGCGGUCAAAGAUGCGAAAUCUAACACAAAGAGAAACUAUGGGAUUAGUGGAAGCAAAGUGGACAAGGUCUUUAAUGGUCUUGGUGCAAUUUCGGCCAUUAUCGUUUGCAACACAUGUGGCAUGAUACCCGAACUACAGUCAACUCUUCGCCGGCCAGCGGUCCAGAACAUGAGGAAAGCUUUGUACGUACAGUUCACAGUGGGGCUCAUGUUUUACUAUGGUGUGAGCAUAGUAGGAUACUGGGCCUAUGGUUCCUCAGUAUCAUCGUACCUCCCAAAUGAGCUAAGUUGUCCCAAAUGGGUGAAGAUCCUAAUUAACACCUUGGUGCUUCUUCAAUCUGUAAUCUCCCAAAAUGUAAGACCUUGA